UAACGUUAGACUAGUAUUGUGUGUGUGGUGACAUACCACGAAGAACGUGUUGUUCGUAAAAAAGAAGAUAUCUACUAUUCGUUUCCUGGACUACGACCAUGAGGAAGAGCGAGAUCCACGCCGCAGAGUCGGUGGCUUCUCUCAAUAGAGCACUCAUCAAACUGAGAGACAUAUGGGAAGAAAUAGGAAUACCGGAGGACCAACGCCUGCAGAGAACCGAUGUUGUCCAUCAGCACGUUAAACAAAUACUGAGCAUGAUGGUCGCAGAGGAGGAGAACUUGAAGAAGAGAUUAAAGAUCAGCAUAGAAUGCUGCCAGAAGGAACUUCGUAUUUUGUGCAAUGAGCUUCAGAUGCCACCCUUUGAGGAGGAAGAGGGGAGCACCAUGUUGCAGCUCGAGAAGGACAGACGCACACAGCUUGAAGUGAUGAGGAAGCACAAGAAAGAAAGAAUGGAGGAGCUCAAAGACCUUAUUGUUAAGGACCGUGAGCUUUGCAGCAUAAUGUGUUCAACCCCUCUCUGCAUUGACCAGGAAGCUGUCCCAUCACUGGAGCAACUAAAAAAUUAUCGUUCCUACCUCAGCGAUCUGACCAAUGAGAAGGAGCGUCGGCAUGAUGAGUUUGUUUGGAUAAAGAAGCAGAUCAUCUCAUACAUGGAUGAUCUGGAACGUCCUCCAGAAACCAGUUUUGAGAAGGAUGUUAUGUGUGAAAAUGAGGAAGCCUUCUGCCUGUCAAAUGACAACAUUGCUGCGCUCAAACUGCUGCUUAGUCAGUUGGAAGAAUGUAAAGCUGAGCGUGAGCGCUGUUGUUCAGUAUACCGUGCUAAGAUCCUGGUACUGUGGGAUAGACUUCAGAUUCCUCAGGAAGAGAAGGAGGCCUUCUCUGAGCAUAUGGCCAACUCAAAGAGGAAGAAUAUGGAAGCACUCCAAGAUGAGGUCCAGCGUCUAAAUGUGCUAAAGAUGAAAAAGAUAAAAAUUUUCAUUGGGGCCAUCAGAGCUGAGAUUUCUCAUCUCUGGGAGAAGUGCUUCUACAGUCAAGAGCAGCGCCAGGCCUUUGCUCCAUAUAAUGAUGAUAAUUUCACUGAAGAACUUCUGAACCUGCAUGAAGUUGAAGUUUCAGCUCUCAGGAAGUGUUACGAAGACCACAAAGAACUCUUUGACGGAGUCAGAAAAUGGCAAGAGAACUGGUUACUGUUCAUAGAUCUUGAAAAAAAGGCUAACAAUCCAUCCAGGUUCAACAACCGUGGUGGGAACCUUCUUAAAGAAGAAAAGCAGAGAAGUGAGCUGCAAAAAAGUCUUUCUAAGUUGGAGAAGAGUCUGAAGGUCCAGACUGAUUUGUGGGAACAGGAGUGUGGAGAGGAAUUUCUGGUAGACGGACUUAAGUUCCUUGAGUACGUGGACCGGCAGUGGACUAUCCAUCAAACGGAAAAGGAGAAAGAGAAAUUGGAAAGGCAAUUGAAGAAAAACAAACCAACCGAGGAGGACACGAGGUUUAGAACAGCAGUACGGACACCAUCUAAAAGGCGGGCUCCUGGGAACCCCACGCCUGGCAAAGUACGAAAAUUGAGCAGCUCCUCAGCCAUCACCACUCCCAACUUCACAGCAAGCACUGAUUUUGGAGGAACUAUUUGCCUUUCUGCUAAAAAUCCUGUUCCUUUACAGGGUUCUGGCCCACGAAUCCGUCGGUUUGGAAAGACUCCUCGUGAGCUAGAUCGGGACAAAGAGAACCUUGACAGAAAUACUCCAGGUGGCAUACUGAAGUCUCAAGACGGUGUUGAUGGUACCCUCAACUCUGCUGCUGGCAGCUACUCAGAAUUUGCGCGGGAGCUUUCACAUGCCUUCAAAUCUAGCUUGACAUCAGGACAACUAAACUCAACUGUCAACUAUCAUUGAUGGGUGAGAUGAGCUACAACAGCAUCACAAGUCACGCAGCUCAGCACUGUCUGGCACAGCUUUCAUCGCCUCUUCUGUUUUGUUUUGUUUUUCUUCCCCUGUCGUGUACAUAAAGGAAAUAUGGCUGUCAUAUUUAAAUGUUACCCUAGUGCAUAAGUGGUUGGUCAGAAAGCAUUGUACAUAUUGAGCUAAAUAUUCUGAGUCAAGCGUUCUUGUUAAAUGCCAUGUUCGAUGGAUGGGUUUAGUUUUUAGACCAAUUUUGUUGCCCUGAGGAAUUGCAAAUUUUCUCUGUUGCAUUCAUUUUAUCAUCCUCAGGAUGGAAAAUCACUUGCUAAAUUUUAAAUACUUUGACCUGGAA